AUGGCAUCGUCAGCAUCCGAUGAAGACAUCUGGGCAGAUGAUACAGAAUUGUCUAAUGUAUCUUAUGACAGAGAAAUAACAUCCCGUCAAUGGAGGAAAAUGGGCGAAGAGUUUGGAAAUAUUGGGUAUAGGGAAGGAAUAGAAGAAGGAAAAGAAGUCACAAUACAGGAAGGAUUUAAUCAGGGAUUUAUAGAGGGUGCUAGAUUUGGAAGGGAGUUUGGAAGGCUGCGAGGGUAUCUAAGUACUCUUACGGAAAUCUAUUCGAACCCAACAAAUGAUUCUGCUUCCGUGAAUUCUUUGUCGUCACAAUCACUGAAAAAUCUGCAAGAUUUAGAACAGGAGCUUGCGGAUAUAACAGCUGAUACAACAUUUACCAAAGACUAUUUUGUUCAGGUAUCACCAAAAAAAGCCAAGAAAUGUGCAUGUAAGAAUGUUUCAGAAGAUGGUAAAAUAGAGAAUAGCAACGAGGACGAGGAAGAUGGCCGUGAUAAGGAUAAAGCAAUUUCUGAUGCCAUACGACGUCCAGUACAGGAUAACGAUGCCGAGAGGUUGUUGGCAGAGUACAAGAGAAGAGUUGAGAACGUGUUUAAAGAAUUUGGAAUUGAAAUGUAA